CGUCGUCGUCGUCGGGGUUCAACGGUGAAAGGGUGGUGGUUCGUCGGGGUUCAAACGCGUUUUCUUCUCUCUCCCUCUUUCUCUUCUCCUUCACGGCCUGGCUCUCUCGCUCCUUGCCCUAUCCGCCCUCUUCGUCGAGAUCACCGCCGACAGCUCCCCUUCCCUCUCCCUUCUCAAGACCAGUCGCAAUGGGGAGUGGCGGCGGCUCAGGUGAUGAACCAGAAGCUUCCAAUACUCGCAAGGGGAAGAAGUCCUACCAUCGCCACACUACUUACCAGAUACAGCAACUUGAAAAAUUCUUCAAAGAGUGCCCGCAUCCAGACGACAACCAGCGGCGUCAGCUUAGCAGGGAGCUUGGUCUGGAACCCAAACAGAUCAAAUUCUGGUUUCAAAACAAGAGGACACAAGCAAAGGCUCAAACUGAGCGAGCAGAUAACACUGUUCUUCGGGCAGAGAAUGAAAAAAUUCAAUGUGAAAUCGUUGCAAUCAAAGAGGCGCUGAAAAAUGUAAUUUGCCCAGCGUGUGGAGGUCCACCCUUUGGAGAAGAAGAAAGGCAACGUAACCUACAGAAACUGCAACUGGAAAAUUCCAAAUUGAAAGAAGAGCAUGAGAAGGUAUCAAACCUUCUUGCCAAGUACAUUGGCAAACCGAUCUCACAAAUCGAGUCGUUGAUGGGAGUCCCAAGAUCUUCAUUGGAUUUUUCUCCAGGAAGAACUUCACUGAUCAGCCAAAGACUGGAGAGUCCUGCUCUUGAUCUAGACCUUGGUUCUACCAAUACUGCAUCACCAUACCGACUAAAAGGAAUUCCAGAAAUGGAGAAGGCAAUCAUGCUGGAAACUGCUGCCGGUGCCAUGGAUGAAUUAAUCCGACUCUUGCGAAUCAACGAGCCUGUGUGGAUCAAGUCCCCUGCCGAUGGCAGAUAUGUUCUUCAUCGUGACAGCUACGAAAGGAUGUUUCCCACAGCCAAUCACUUGAGAAACGCCACUGCUCGUAUCGAGUCAUCAAGAGAUUCAGGAAUGGUGGCCAUGAGUGGGAUGCAUUUAGUUGAGAUGAUUAUAGAUUCGGAUAAAUGGUCAGAUCUUUUUCCCACAAUUGUUACAAAAGCAAAGACAAUUCAAGUGCUCGAAACCGGAACGUCAGGAAAUCGGAGUGGUUCCUUGCAGCUGAUGUAUGAACAAAUGCACAUUCUUUCUCCUCUGGUGCCGCCUAGGGAAUUCUAUUUUCUUCGCCAUUGUCAGCAAAUAGAGCUGGGCAUGUGGGUGAUAGUGGACGUCUCCUAUGAGUGCCCAAAAGAGAAAUCCUCCCUCCCUUCCCGCUCUUGGAGGCUCCCUUCUGGAUGCAUGAUUCAGGAUUUGCCUAAUGGGUGCUCCAAGGUUACUUGGGUUGAACACGUGGAAGUGGAUGAUAAAACCCAAACUCAUAGGCUCUAUAGGGAUCUCAUAUGUGGCGCUACUGCUUAUGGAGCAGAACGAUGGGUUGCUACUCUUAGGAGGAUGUGUGAGAGAUUUGCUUACUCCAUGGGGGAAACUACACCUUGUUGUGAGCUUGGAGGAGGAGUGUUUACUUUGCCCGAAGGUAAGAAGAGCAUUGUGAAGCUUUCCCAUAGGAUGGUCAAGAAUUUUUGUGGAAUCUUGAGCAUGUCAGGUAAACUAGAUUUUCCUCAAUUAUCUGAAGUGAACAACAGUGGGGUUCGAGUCUCUGUUCGCAACAGCACAGAACCAGGCCAGCCUUGUGGAAUGAUAGUUAGCGCCGCCACAUCUCUCUGGCUUCCCCUGCCACCUCACAAUGUCUUCAAUUUCUUUAGAGAUGAGAGAACGCGAGUUCAGUGGGAUGUUCUCUCCAGUGGAAAUCCAGUGCAUGAGAUUGCACACAUUUCAAAUGGAUCUCAUGUGGGGAACUGUACUUCCAUUAUUCGGCCUUCUAUCCCUAAUGAGAGUAUGUUGAUUCUUCAAGAGACCUGCAUAGACACAUUGGGAUCCUUAGUAGUGUAUGCCCCCAUUGACAUGCCAGCGAUCAACAUAGCUUUGAGCGGCGAGGACCCUUCGGAUGUACCAAUACUUCCAUCAGGGUUCGUAAUCUCAAGUGACGGUCGUCCUGAAAUUGGAAGUUCUGGGGCUUCAACAAGUGAAAAUACUGAAAAGUCAAGCGGUUCACUUCUUACGGUGGCUUUCCAGAUAUUAGUAUCUAGCCCAUCGUCUCCGAAGCAGGUGAACGUGGAAUCUGUGGCAACUGUCAAUACCCUUAUCAGCUCCACUGUCCAAAGAAUAAAGACUGCUUUGAAUUGCUCUGACUUAGAUUAACUAUAUGGUUCUCUAUAUUUGCUUUAUGUGUAAGUUGAGCUUCUUAAAAGUAAACUUCAUAUUAUUUAUACACAAUGAUAUCAUCCACAGGUUUACAUAAUGAAGAGCGAUAUAAAAGA